ACACCCAAUGCCUGCCAUAGAGUCCACAGACAGUGACAAAUGGGUUGGUACCUGGGUCCAUCUGCAGCACUAUACUUGUGUUUAUGGACCAGGAGGUGCAGAGACUUCCAGUAUGGUGAACAGGGCUGUAGUCAGGUGUUACUGAACAGGCAUUCUCCCAGCGUUAGUGUCCUGCUUCCUCUCUCGUGACAGCAGAAAGAUACACCCUCGAGCGGGGCCUACUUGGGGUAGGUUGGGAGGGAGAAGCUGAGGGCUCACAUGGCUCCUCUCUCCUGCAGGGCUCAGGGAAGGCGUGCAGGCAAGACCCAGAAGUUUCCAAUGGCUACUUAUCACAUCCGCCAGUACCAGGACAACGACCGUGAAAGUGUGGAGGACGUGUUCACCAAGGGCAUGGAGGAGCACAUCCCAGCCACCUUCCGCCACAUCCUACUGCUGCCCCGAACCCUCCUGCUCUUACUUGGGGCGCCCCUUGCCCUGGCUCUGGUGUCUGACUCCUGGCUGCUGGCCAUGUUCUGUGUCUUCUUUCUGCUCCUGCUCCUGCGGCUUCUUGCCAGACAGCCCUGGAAGGAGUAUGUGGCCAAAUGUUUGCGCACAGACAUGGCUGACAUCACCAAGUCCUAUCUGAAUACACAUGGCUCCUGCUUCUGGGUGGCUGAGUCUGGGGUGCAGGUGGUGGGCAUAGUGGGUGCUCUGUCAGUCAAGGAUCCUCCACUGGGGAGGAAGCAGCUGGAGCUCUUUCACCUGUCUGUGUCCUCACAGCAUCGAGGACAGGGGAUAGCGAAAGCGCUCAUCAGAACUGUCCUCCAGUUUGCACGGGACCAAGGCUACAGUGAUGUUCUCCUUGAGACCAGCACACUGCAACAAGGUGCUAUGACUCUCUACCUGGGCUUGGGUUUCCAGAGGACAGGCCAGUACUUCAUGAGUAUGUUCUGGAGGUUAGUAGCUAUUUGUACAGUUCAGUUAAAGUACUCCUUCCCUUCUGCCUAGGAAAGGGGGCUGUGACCUACGCUCCUGUGCAGCAAGCAUACCCCAGUGCACUCUGAUGAACAAUAAAAGCUCCUUGCUGGUGCACACCAGUUCUAAUACAUAUGAUGGCUGAGUGAGGGUUGAGGGCUCUGCUACAUUCUAGGUUUCUGGGGUGCCUGUAUUUUACUUACUGAGCCCAACUUCACUGUUGUAUUAGGAACAAUGCUAACACUACUGCAUGUAUUUCUGUAAACCAGAAAGAUUCUACAGGGCAGGCACUUCACUCAUCUGUGCAAGCACUGAAGUUGGCUGACGUGCCAGACAACUGGGUGCUGUGCUGUUGCAGCAGGCUGGCUGGUUAGGGCUCACAAGGAUUGCAGAGCAGCCAAAGCUAAGGCAGAAGAGAAAGAAACAAAAGGAUUUCCAAGCAGGUGUCCCUUGCAGAACAUGUGAGACUCGGAGACAAAUGGAGAUUGUGCUUACAGGAUCUGUAGAGUAGCAGACCAGAAGCUGGGUGUAGACCUGAGAAAAGAACCAGUGGAGGUAUUUUUCGUCAUGGCAGAGGGUAGAAGUCGGCUAGGGUAGAGUGAGGUCUGAGUCUAUAAGGAGGACACCUCAGGCCACUCUUACAGAGCUGUUGCUGUGGGCUGUCUCUCAGGCCAGUUCUGCAUUUUUAAAGGCUAUGCACAUGGACAGGCCCUACAGCUGGCACUCCUGGAACUCAGCCUGGA